AUGUCCCCUCUUCGAGGAUAUAUCACCUCCUAUCCCCCGCGCAUGCGCCAGUAUGGCAACGCGCUCCUCACACCCGUUAAUCCUCCGACUCAGGUCGGUCCGACGCCGCGCACCACGAAGCGUGGAACUACAGCCAUCAACUACGCAGAGGACGGCUUUGAUGAAGAAGAUUUUGACGAAGAUGGGCCCCGCCGCCCAACGGGACUGAGAAGUCUUCGCCGCGAAGAGACCGCCGACAAGUUGGUGCCUUACUCAGAUAAAUUGGGUAAAGAAGUGCACGCGCCGGUGGAGGUGCAAGGUAUCUUUCGCGAGUGGAUGAUCAAGAGAAUGCUGCGACCAGCAUGCGCCGAUCAAUUGCAGAUUCAAGCACAGCUCCCUUUGACUCUGGUUCCCAUCCGGAUCGAUGUUGAAGUCCCCGCGCACCAACCCCUCGAACCCUUCCCCUUCCCACGCGCUGCCGUCGAUCCUAGUAUCAACCAAACUCUCCCUGCCUAUCGCCGACCUGAGCCAUUGCCCCCGUACCGCAUCAAGGACAGCUUUUUGUGGAAUCUCCAUGAAUCGCUCUCCACCCCCGAAGAGUUUGCCAUUGGAUUUGUCCGCGAUAUGGACCUCCCCAAUCCUCAGGCCACGACCAUGACCAUCAGCAACCAGAUUCGACAGCAGCUCGAGGAGUACGCUGGUGUGGCUCUCCAUCCUCUUUUCCAGAGCACAGACGCUGGCACAGUGACCAGCCUUCCGGCACAGACGGAGCCGUCACGGGACGCAUCUACGACGCCCGCCGUUGUCAAUGUCGCGACACCUGAUAGCGGCGCCAACGCGGCAACUACUGUUACAGUCACCAAAGAGGCAUUGGUGAAUGACAGUCUUCUGAAUCCCGACGAUGCAUACCGCUGCUUAAUCACUCUCAACAUCAACCUGCAAAACAAGCUCUACACCGACAAAUUCGAAUGGUCACUACUACACCCACCCGGCAUGGCCGAGGAGUUUGCGCGCAUCACUUGCGCGGAUCUCAGCCUCGGUGGGGAGUGGGUCAGCGCGAUUGCGCACGCCAUCUAUGAAGCAGUUUUGAAAUUCAAAAAGGAAGUCUGCGAGAGCGGCACUCUGGUCAGCGGCCUCACUGGCUACGGCAAUGAAAUCGAAAACCUGGCAGCAAACGGCAUCGAGGCCGGCUGGCGUUAUGACCCCGAGACCAUCUGCGAUGGCUGGCAACCGCAGGUUGAGGCUUUGUCCAAGGAAGAGAUUGAACGCAGAGAAGGUGACCGCGAGCGCCAGAUCAGACGUUUGCGCCGAGAGACAGCUAGGUUCUCAUCAACUACGGGUAUUACCCCCGAGAUUUCACGACAAAGCAGCGGCAAUUACUUCGAGGUUGACGCCGAGACUCCUCUUGGACGUGGUGAGCGCAACAAGCGCAAGCGUCGUUUCCGCAGCUUGAGCCCUUCGGGCCGAGGUGGAACCCCCGGUGGCCGGGGCACCCCGGACAAUGGAGCAGGUGCUGGUUAUGGCGGCGGCGGUGGCACCCUUUCUGAAUGGGAACGGCAAAGUUGGCGUUGCAGGAAUUGUGCUGUCUGGGGAACGGCGGUUUGGGCUGUGCGUGACGGCCCAGAUGGACCAAGGACCCUUUGCCACAACUGUGGCCUGCUUUACGAACGCGACAAGGUUGCACCGGAGUGGUCGAAAGACCUCCACCGUCAUGACGUCCCCGUUGGCCGCUACGCAGAGCGUUAG